GCGCCUUUUGACUGUUGUUCUGAGAUUACCAAGUUCAUCCGUGCUCGGUAUUCUGUUGAUGGGUUUAGACCCAAACCCGGGUGCCUCCCCGAGUGGAUUACCUGGUGGUGCUUUUACUUUGUUGAUCGGCUUGAUGAAUCCGUUAAGUUUGCCUUGAAUAGGGUGAAGGCAUAUAACCUCCUCCUAAGAAGGAAGUCUACUGAUCGAAAGAAGGCUCUCGAUCAAGAAAAAGUUGUUGUUGACAAACGGAAAGCUAUCGAUCAAAGGAAGACUGUCGAUCAAGAGGAGUCCACCGAACAGGAUUCUGAGUCGUCGACAGAAGAGGAGGUCAGAGAAUCCGCAGAAGAUUUAUUUGUCAAUGCCUAUUGUCCAGCCCCAGUCUUCUCAGCCACGUUUUCAAAAGAAAGCCAGAGGUAAAACUAUGACGAGUAUGAUAGCCUUACUCUAUGUUUAGUCUGUCCACUUGCUUUCUCUUACAUGCCUAUUUUCUUGGCAGUUACUUCUCUGUCGACUAGGGUCUCGCAAUCGACCGCAGUUCAGAGUUUAGGGGGAAAAGAGAUGGAUGACCUACCUUUGACCGGAAAGAGAAGAAUGCCUUAUAUUCCGUCAGACAGUCGGGCUGAAGACAUUGUUAUCAAUGCUGAUGUAAAUUCUCCUCUUCCUGUGUUUACUGAUGAUAUCACCAUGGCUGUUGUCACUUCUUCAGGUGUUGAAGGCCAGAUUGUUCUCACCAAUGAGCCUCCCUUUCAUGAUGCCGACAUGGCUGCUCAUAUUUCUGGGUCGAGUUACAGCCUCCCCCUUCCUUUUCUUGAGAGCGUAUCACUCCGUUCUGCUCCAACUCUCUCGGCUGAGUAUGAUGCGGCUAGAUUUGCAUCGACCGAAUUGCCCAUUGUCCUUGGUGGGGAUCAUCAAAAACCAAUCGGAUAGAGCUGUUGAUGUUGUCCGUCAAGCUUCGCCGAUCCGGACUCCUGUUUUACUUAUUCCAGCGCCAGGGCAAGGUACUAGGGAAGCUUCUCCAUCAGACCGAGUUUUCGAUUUAGAAUCUCCUCCUACUGGAUUAAGUGACGGCGCCGGCUCUGCUACUGUUGAGGCUCAAGGUCCUCCAUCGGUGUCUGUCCCCACUAAUAACUCAGUGUUUUCGUCCACUGAAGUCCGCCGACGCCCUUUGCCCCGAUUCGACAACCAGGACCAAAAGUUAGCAUUGAAGAUUCUGAUGGUUCUUAUGGUAGGACUCAAUUGGUAUUGAAGUAAGCCACUAAGCUUUUUUAUCCCAAGGUUGUCGACCCUAGCUGUACAAUUCCCGAAUCACCAUCCGCACCCAAAAUCACCACCCGAGUAAUUAAGGCGAAAGGACUUGAGUUCCUUGAGCUUUCCAAGGGUGGUUUUCCAACCAUUUUGGAUAAUCCAGCAA